CUCCCGUCUCCGGUGCGGUGGCUGGGCCCUGUGUGCGGCCGCGCGUCUCUCCCCAUGGCCGGGCGGCUCGUGCUGUGGCUGCUGCUCGGGCUGGGCCCGGCGGGCGGCGCCCACAUCAAGAAGGCGGAGGCGGCGGCGGGCGAGGGGGAGGCCCCGGGCCAGGCCCCGGGCUACCUGCGCUCGGCCGAGCUGGGCGCGGCGCUGCGGGCGCUGGCUGAGGGGGCCCCGCCGGGCCUGGCCCGGCUCUUCAGCAUCGGGCAGUCGGUGGAGGGGCGGCCGCUGUGGGUGCUGCGCCUGACGGCGGGGCUGGAGCCCGCGCGGCCCGAGGCGGAGCCAGGCGGGGCCCCGAUCCCCGGCCGCCCGCAGGUCAAGCUGGUGGGGAACAUGCACGGCGACGAGCCGCUGGGCCGGCCGCUGCUGCUGCGCCUGGCCCGGGAGCUGGUGUCCGGCUGGGCCCGCGGGGACGCCCGGGCCGGCCGCCUCCUCAACGCCACCGACCUCUACCUGCUGCCCAGCCUCAACCCCGACGGCUUCGAGCGGGCCCGCGAGGGCGACUGCGAGGGCGCGGCCCCGGGCGGCCGCGAGAACGGCCGCGGCAAGGACCUGAACCGCAGCUUCCCCGACCAGUUCGGGGCGGCCCAGCCCGACCUGGAGCCCGUGCCCGAGGUGCGGGCCCUGAUCGCCUGGAUGCAGCGCAACAAGUUUGUGCUCUCUGGGAACCUGCACGGGGGCUCUGUGGUUGCCAGCUAUCCCUAUGACGACUCUCCCAUGCAUGAGCCCAAUGGAAUCUAUAGCAAAUCAGCUGAUGAUGAAGUGUUUAAAUACCUGGCAAAAGCCUAUGCUUCGAACCACCCGAUAAUGAAAACUGGCACCCCAAACUGCCCUGGGGAGCAGUUUGAGACAUUCAAGGAUGGCAUCACCAAUGGAGCGCAUUGGUAUGAUGUAGAAGGGGGGAUGCAGGAUUACAACUACGUUUGGGCCGACUGCUUUGAGAUCACUUUGGAGCUGUCCUGCUGCAAGUACCCAAUGGCGUCCCAGCUUCAGCAGGAAUGGGAGUAUAACCGGGAAUCUCUCCUCACCUUCAUUGAGAAGGUCCACAUGGGAGUAAAAGGGUUUGUCAGGGACUCGGUCACUGGGUCUGGCCUGGCAAACGCGACCAUUGCUGUUGCUGGCAUCGAUCAUAACAUCACGGCGGGCAGAUUUGGGGACUACCACAGACUGCUCGUGCCUGGAACUUAUAACAUCACAGCAGCUGUCGUAGGUUAUGUGCCAAUGACUGUAGAGAACAUUGAGGUGAAAGAAGGGGCUGCAACAGGGGUGGACUUCUCCCUGCAACCUACUGUCCUGGUAUCUGUUCCUGACCAUACGCCAGCCCCCGCCACUCCUGCCCCAGGCUCCGCUACCAAUGCCACUGCCACAGCGAAGGCAGCAAGCCCAACUUCUCUCCACCAGCCGCUCCAGCCUGAGGACUUUCGCCACCACCACUUCCCUGACAUGGAGAUCUUCCUGCGGAGGUACGCCAGCGAGUACACCAACAUCACACGCCUCUACUCGGUGGGCAAGUCAGUGGAACAAAGGGAGCUGUAUGUGAUGGAGAUAUCGGAUAACCCAGGCGUCCACGAACCAGGUGAACCAGAGUUCAAGUACAUUGGGAAUAUGCAUGGGAAUGAAGUAAUAGGCCGAGAACUGCUUCUGAAUCUCAUCGAUUAUCUCUGCAAGAACUUUGGAACGGAUCCUGAAGUAACAGAGUUGGUGCUUAACACCCGAAUCCACAUCAUGCCCUCCAUGAACCCUGAUGGCUAUGAAAAAUCCCAAGAAGGAGACAGAAGCAGCACAGUUGGCAGAAACAAUAGUAACAACUAUGACCUGAACCGGAACUUCCCAGACCAGUUCCUCCCAACGACCGACCCACUGCAGCCAGAGACUCUUGCUGUCAUGAACUGGCUCCGGGCCUUUCCGUUCGUACUCUCGGCAAACUUGCAUGGAGGUUCUUUAGUGGUUAAUUACCCCUUUGAUGAUGAUGAGAAAGGAAUAGCCAUCUACAGUAAAUCACCAGAUGAUGGUGUGUUUCAGCAGCUUGCACUUUCUUAUUCCAAGGAAAAUACUCAGAUGUACCAGGGCAGCCCUUGUAAGGACAUGUACCCCAAUGAGUAUUUCCCCCAUGGCAUCACUAAUGGGGCUCACUGGUAUAAUGUUCAAGGGGGGAUGCAAGAUUGGAACUACUUAAACACAAACUGCUUUGAAGUGACCAUUGAGUUAGGCUGUGUGAAAUACCCAAAUGCUGAAGACUUGCCAAAAUACUGGGAGCAGAACCACCGAUCUCUGCUCCAGUUCAUAAAACAGGUUCACCAGGGUGUCAAGGGAUUUGUGCUGGACGCCACAGCCGGAAGGGGCAUCUCAAAUGCUACUAUUAGCGUUGCUGACAUCGACCACCCUGUCACCUCUUACAAGGCUGGAGACUAUUGGCGCCUGUUGGUUCCAGGGUCUUACAAAAUCACAGCCUCCGCCCGAGGGUAUAACCCGCUCACCAAGACCGUGACCGUCGGCAACAGAGGCGCGGUGCAAGUCAACUUCACUCUUUCACGAACAGAUUCCGAAGUUGAGGAGGGGAAGAUCCCGGUCAUCACCAACGAAGACACUAGCGAUCCCUCUGCCAAGGAGUUUGAGACUCUGAUCAAAGACCUCUCUGCUGAGAACGGCUUGGAACACCUCGUGCUAACCUCUUCAAUGGAUGUUUCUCCCUACCGCUACCAUCCAUACAAAGAUCUGUCCGACUUCCUUAGAGCCCUCAACUUGAACUACCCUCAGAUCACAAAUCUCACUAACUUGGGUCACAGCGUUGAGUACCGUCAAAUGUGGUCCCUUGAAAUAUCCAACAAACCCAACCAGUCUGAACCCGAGGAGCCCAAGAUCCGCUUUGUUGCUGGUAUCCAUGGAAAUGCUCCGGUUGGCACCGAACUGCUCCUGGCAUUGGCAGAGUUCCUCUGUAUGAACUACAAAAAAAAUGCAGCCAUCACCAAGCUGAUUGACAGGACAAGAAUUGUGAUUGUGCCGUCCAUAAAUCCAGACGGGCGUGAGAUCGCUCAGGAGAGAGAGUGCACAUCCAAGACUGGCCAAACCAAUGCUCACGGCAAAGAUCUGGACACAGACUUCACAAGCAAUUUCUCCUCAUACUCUGGGAUAGGAGAGCCGGAGACCAAAGCAAUCAUUGAGAACUUGAUCCUGAAGCGAGAUUUCAGCCUCUCUGUUGCACUGGAUGGUGGAUCUCUGCUUGUAACUUACCCAUAUGAUAAACCCGUGCAGACAGUGGAAAAUAAAGAAACUCUGAGACAUUUAGCAUCUCUGUAUGCAAACAACCAUCCGUCAAUGCAUCUAGGUCAGCCAGGCUGUAAAAAUGAGUCAGAUAAGAACAUUCCAGGAGGUGUCAUCCGGGGGGCAGAAUGGCACAGUCACCUGGGCAGUAUGAAGGAUUUCAGUGUCACUUUUGGCCAUUGCCCUGAGAUCACAGUGUAUACCAGCUGCUGUUACUUCCCAAGUGGUGGACAGCUCCCCAGUCUGUGGACCGAGAAUAAGAAGUCUCUCCUUAGCAUGCUUGUGGAGGUUCAUAAGGGAGUCCAUGGAUUUGUUCAAGACAAGAGUGGCAAGCCAGUGUCUAAGGCAGUCAUUGUACUCAAUGAAGGUGUGAGAGUAUACACAAAGGAAGGUGGCUAUUUCCAUGUGCUGUUGGCUCCAGGUUUACAUAACAUCAGUGCCACAGCUGAAGGAUAUCAGCAGAAACAUGUCUUGGUGCAGGUGCGCCAUGAUGCUGCCAGCUCCGUGGUGAUCGUGUUUGACAUGGAUAACAGGAUAUUUGGCCUUCAAAGGGAGCUUGUGGUAACUGUAGCAGGUGCCACCAUGUCAGCUGUGGUCCUCACAGCCUGCAUCAUUUGGUGCGUCUGCUCCAUCAAGUCCAACAGGCACAAGGAUGGCUUCCAUCGCCUACGGCAGCACAAUGACUACGAGGACGAGAUCCGCAUGAUGUCCACCGGCUCUAAGAAAUCGCUCCUGAGCCACGAAUUCCAGGAUGAGACAGACACUGAAGAAGAAACAUUGUACUCUAGCAAACACUGAUAGACACCAAGUGGAAAGGAAAGCUCCCUAUGGACAAGCCCUACAAUGGGGGGCUGCUCUUAUGCUUCAGAGAUCUGGAACGUUAGCUUGCAGAAUGUGUAAGCUCCAGAGACGUGGGUGGCAGUUCUCAACCUCCCGUGUUCUUUUUUGCUCCAUUCCUCCUUAUGCACGCGUCGGCUGAUGUCAGAGGCUGUGAACGCUGUCAGGUUUCUAGGUCUGGGGUUAGAGUUCCAUGUAAUGGAAACACUUGGAAGGCAACUUAUUAGUGUGUUCUGGCAUCAAGACUUGCUAGCAGUUUUCUCGACAGUCCAGCCUGGCGUAGGGAAAGUGGAGUAAUUACCAAAUGCCUGGCAGGGUCCAUCCUUCUAAGCUUUAAAGCCAUUAUUUAUCUCUACCUUUUUGAUUCUUUUCACUCUAUACAUUUUGGGGAAGCCUUGAUCAGUUAUGGCCAAGACUUCAGCUGCGCUGCCAGUGAGUGGCUUUAGAAAUGGACAGUGAGCUUGGCUUUUGGUUGCUCUGUCCCACUCCAAGGGUGCAGAGGUACUAUGGCCUGCUCUGCUCUACUGCAGGCUUCUGAAGUGUUUGCAGGGGAAUAAGUUUUACAGUCAGCCUGUCCAUGAAAUUGCCUCUGUAUUGAAAACUGACAGGUGGAAUAAUUUAGUCCAGGUGUGAAGCUCUCCACCUAAAGUGGGAGAGAGCUACAGUUAACGCAGUAGGAGUUGGGUGUCCAGUAGCUGUGCAACUCUGCCAUUCUCUAGUUAAAAGAAAAUCCUCAGGUUCAUUUGAACAGUCUUGUACAGAACCCCUAUUGCUUCUGGCUGGCCAUGUAGCCAAUGACACUUAGCGUUGCCUGUCUGAGAAUGAAGACUAGCUAGUAACCCAUGAGGGAGGAGUAACAGCAGCAUGACAGGAUAGCAUGCUCAGAGCAACUUGAGAGGGUUUCCAAGCAGACCGUGGUAAUUGCUCACUGUGGAUAUUGUCUAAAUGCUGCUAGUCACUAAUGUGCCUGCUCUGCCUUGUUCAUGUCUGCCGGAGUUUGAAACGCACUUGAACCUGCCCACCGCCCAGUAAACACAGCUAGUAUUCUGCAGCAGCAGUGAGAGCUCGCACCAUCUCCAUGACUCAGCUUCAGUCUCAAAUACCUGCAAGACUUCGCUUCCUCUCCCAGGUCCAUCUGAUACAGAAAAAUACCCGUUACUGACCACUGCUAUUGUUAAAAGCUGACCUCUUUGCUCCUGUAUUGAACCCCGAUGUUGCCUGACAUCCAGCCAGCAGGAUGGGCAUGGCACUGAAGGACCACAAGCAGAAUUCCUUUAAAUGUCCUUCCUGCUCUUUCCUAGUGAAAUGGCUGCUGUCAGUGACCAGAGUACAGCUGGGGUGGGUGUGGGUGUGGAGGGAUGUUUGGAUAGCACUUGAUGUGUAAACAGGAGCUGAGUGACGUGCUCUCUACCUGAGAGAACACUUGGAUUCAAAACUUAGCUAUUGUUGGCGCUAAAAGGCUCCUCUAGAAAGGGAGGAAUCUGUGCCACGAGGAGCUAAAUUAAACCUCCUGAUUCCCAAGGCCUUUGGCUCUUUCCAGUGUGCCUCCCCUUUCUGAGGAGGGGACUAGGGCCCAGCACCAUGAAGCAAAUGCCAGUAGUGCGCACUUCACGAGUAUAGUACUUGCAGGAAUUAAAUAGAGGAUGCAGUAAACAGGCCAGGCUCUUGCCUGAAAUGAACGAUUUGCUCGCGGAUCCACUCAGGAUAUUGCAGCCUGGAGCGAAGAAGAAAAUCCUCUUGUGAGACCCAAGGUCUGAGGUUCUCCAGCCUUUGCUGUAUGCACCCACCAGGCCCUCGCAGCCCUUGUGGAAAUGCAGCUGCCCAGGGAACCAGACAGUUUAGAUCUGUUUUGUAACCCACCAGUUGUUGCUGAAAUACUAAAUUCUGCAAAAGGUUAA